GUUGUGACCUAGUUGAUUGCGAGAUUUCAAACGAGAACACAGGUAACUGGAUUCACGGAAACGGAUCUGGGCAGGUAGACCCUCCGUGACUUACCUGCAAACUAUGUAGAAAAUACAGGUAAAACGAUAUGAAAACUACAGGUAAAUCAUAAAUAUUUACCGUCAAGCGAAAGGAAAUAUGGAGACUUCAAAGGGAAUUACCUGUGUGUGGUUAUUGUUUUGUUUAUGUUGCUUCACGAGCGUUCGGAUUUCCCAGGGUCAGGGAAAUUUGUUUGUGACCCCCCCUCCGGACCUUGGUCGACCGGUAGUGGCAAAUGGAAUUGUAUAUUUCUUACACUACAUCGACAUCCCCGAUCACUGCUUGGAACCUCGGGUGUCGAAGUACCCGGCUGGGGCCGUGAUCAGGGACAGACGGGCGCUGAUGCGAGUUGACAACCCCCACAUCACGUACGGCAACCUGGAGAUCGCACCCUCGGGAUGCCUCUACAUAGAACCAGGGGUGGAAAUGAGGUUUGGCCCAGGAUUUGGAAUCAUUGUGAACGGAACGCUCAUAUCCAGGGGUAGCGACGAACCCGGGGGUCGUAUCCUGAUGACGAAGGACAAGGGGGAGGACACUGGGUACCCGUCAGGUGACUGGUACCAUGACGCCCGAUUGGUUGACGGAAACACCACGCAGGAUGGGCAGCUCAACCUGUUAUAUCAGAACAAGUGGCGGGGAAUCUGCACCAACUAUGUCAAUUUCACAGAAAUGGAUGCCAACGUAACAUGUCGCCAUCUUGGAUUCCUUAAAGGCAACUUUACCUACCACUCAUUUGCCAAGAACUACACCGACUACAUGAUGUUUGGGAGACCCAGGUGUUCAGGGCAGGAGAACUCACUGUUUGAUUGUCCAGGCGUGACAAACAUCCACCUCGGACAACACAUUUGUGAUGGACAACAACUCAUAGGAUUUGAAUGUGAAGGUUUACGGGACGGUCUCGCCAUGGACCACUGGCGAGGACUAGAAUUCUACAAUUCCACUUCGGCAUUAAAAAAUAUUGAGGAUAAUGUUUACACCAAUUCCACAUUUUCGUGGAUAGAAUACACAGAUAUUCUGUAUGCCGGACUGGACAUAUUCCGGGGUAAAGGCAUUGGCGUGAACUACCAGCGGGCAGCUAUAAGUGCAAGUCCACAUGUCCCGGUGUUCAACAAUGUCACGGUCAAGUACAGUGCAUACGACGCCUUCAACUUCACCAAUAUUGAAGGACCCAUCCAUGUUGCUAACUGCACUCUAUACAGAAACAGAGGUUACGGUAUGUACAUACAAACUGCUGUCGGCAACGUCCUUGUCAACAUGACCAACAUCACUGAGAACUGGGGUGACGGCAUCAAGAUGUAUAUGUCAAACCUGACCUACUACGACUACCUGACGAGAUUCCCACAAGAGAAGUCCUUCUGUAAUACCCCAAUCCUGACCGGCCAGACAUACCCUGUGUAUGUUUAUCAGGAUCUCGUCGACUUCGAUGGAAACAAGAUAGUUCCAGGCUUCUCAUGCUCUAAGAGCUAUCAGACAACCGGGAACAAGAAGGUCGUGAUUCACUUCAUGGACUUGAUACGAGACAAAAUGGCCAGUGGCAGUAUAGAAAUACGAGAACAAUCCAGUACGGGGACUCUCAUUGGCACAUACGAUGUAACCAAUGGCAGCUUCCCGCAAUCAGUGACCACCAGAUCCAACAGGGCAUAUAUAGUUUUUAAUUUUGAUAUUCCAAGGAACUACAUAUGCCACGACUUCAAACCCUGUGUUCGAAUCCUCAUGAGAUUUACGACAGUUUUUGCGAAUGAAACCGAUGAUGAUUUCCAGCUGAUCUACUCCGAGGUGUCAAAUAAUACAGGCUAUGGCGUCAAUAUCCAAGACAUGCGCAACAAGGUGUUCUUCAACACCAGCGAAGUCUGUGACAACAAGUACGGAGCCGGAAUACGAAUCUAUCAAGGAGCAGGGGAGGUAACUGUCAACACCACCCUGAUUGAGAGGAACAUGGGUGCAGGCAUCAACAUUACAUACUCUGGGGGCUUCCAGCUCCUCAACAACACAAGGAUAAUUGGAAACCAUGGUUACGGUAUCAUCACUGAAUAUCUCCUGCUCAAUCGGACCAGGAUUGAGGCACAUCAAAAGAUGGAAAUUGUCCGAUCAGAAUUUCAGUUAAAUGAAUGGCGAGCUGUGCGAGUCGGAAAUUACUGUAAAGGAGGAAGCAUAUUGAUAAAUGAGAGUUCCUUCGCGUAUAAUUUUGAUGAAACUAUUGAAUAUCUGUCGUGUAAUAUCUCGACAACAAAACCAACCAAUUUCAGUGUGGCAUUCAAUAAGUUUGACUCCAACUUUCGACAUGCCAUAUUUGUGCGUCCGAUGGUAAAUACUGUCGGUAUUAUCAGCAAUAAUACUUUUCAAAAUCACAGCCUGGGAGGGAUAUUGAUUGACAAUGGAUAUGAUCUUCUUAUAAGUCGAUGGUAUCAAAACUUUGAAGUCAACUAUCACAUUUUCCAGAACCUAUUCACAGAUAAUUAUGGACGCUAUGCAACAAAUAUGAGGUUGACUCAAAACAGUCCGUUUCAGAAGUUGGAGUUUAAGUUUAACAAAUUAGUUGAAAAUAAUAUUCAGGACUCAUUCAUGUAUCUGAACCCAAGGAGCAAGGCAAAUGCAGUAGUGGUGGUGUCGUCUGGAAAUGUCCUGGUGCAGCGGAACUGGAUUCAGAAUCCGAACUCUGUCCGUGAAAUCGCCACCCAUCUUGUGGAUCCAUCUAUUACCAUCAAUGGCAUGGAGAACUGGUGGGGAAUCGAGGUCCUCAGUCAAGAACAGCUGGAACCGAUCCACAAGGCUAUCUUUGACCAGGAUGACAGGUACAACCUGGCCAGGGUCAACUACUACCCUGUUCUGAAGACAGAUCGUCUCUAUGACAACAUAGUCAGUGACAACGUGCCUCGGUUCCGGUGGCACUUCAGUCGACCUGGUAACGUAAUUGGCGGAGUCUUGGAGGACAGUGACUUUACAGCGAAUGAACGCACUGUGUAUCAUGUGGACAGAGAUAUUUUCAUAAUUCCCGGGAGAUCCCUUGAUCUUGGUCGAGGUGUGGUGCUGGAGUUUGAGAGUUCUGUUGGUAUGGUAGUGCAUGGUUGUUUGAGAGCAGACGGCCAUGAAAUUCCUAACACCAUACAGUUUCGUCUGAGAGAUGAUCCUGACAUCCUGCCUGUUGAGAACCGAACGGCUUCAGUUCGUCUGGUAGAUGGUGAAGAUGAAUAUGAAGGUCGUCUGGAGGUCGACAUCGAUGGUGAAUGGGGUACUGUUUGUAAUGAGGGUUGGUCGGAGCAGAACUCACUGUUGGCAUGCCAGCAAUUGGGCCUCGUCUACAACCCCGACAUGCCGACAGCCAGACAGAAACUGUACAGCGCCACAAACCAGCCUAUCCUGAUGAGCUGGGUGAAAUGUGAUGAAGUGGACACUGACCUCACACAGUGUCGUGCAGUCCGAAAUGGGGAGCACCAAUGCACUCACAAUAUGGACGUCUUCCUCCGGUGUGAGCCGGCCACCUGGGCAGGUAUAACGUUCCCUGCCACUCCGAAGGAUGGCCAGUCCUGCACAUCCCAGUUGCGCCACAUCGCCAUCCACAAUGCAGGACUUCUAGAUCACGCCACCAUGGCACACACGCCUGCCCUCAGGAUCGACUACAACUACUACCAGAUCUCCUACAUCACCAUCACUGGUGCCCUGUCCGACGCCAUCCACAUCAAGUUUAACCACCCUCACACCGAGAACAAGCUGGAAUAUGGUAACAUCACCAACGUGCAUGGCAACGGCAUCGUCCUGAGGAGCCCCCGGAUGGACAUCCUCUACACCCGAGUAACGAACAGCGACUACGCUGGCUUCUUAUUUGACCCGUUCUUUACAGAAUAUGACUCUCUGCUUGUCCGGAACUCUAUUUAUGCCACCAGGCGGACAUACAUGACGGAAAAUCCACAGUUGAACAUUGGCGAUAGAGGGAUGAUCUUCCUGCUCAGCAAGCCCGGGACUGCUAUUGAGAGUAAAGCGUACUUCUGCCAGUUGUUUGUGACCAGCACGUUCCGCAUCACACUGCAGGUCCUGGAUUACUCUCCAUUGACGGACAUCGAGGAGGUGACCGUGUAUGACUCAAGUCGGUCUGAGAUUCAGCAGAGCACACACAGCUGGAAGAUUGAGAAGGAUCUGAUUGAUUUUCCAAUUGUCUCCUCAUCUCAGUACCUCACUAUAAAGCUGGACAUUAAGGGAGGGGUUCGUUCUGGCAGGCUGUCCUUUGCUGCUAUAUCAUAUCAGUACGAGCCAACACCUCCAAUACUGAGGACGCAUAUGCGUAACUGUACAUUCAGCUACAACAACCAGGGCAUCGUUACAAAGCAUUACAACAACCCAUCCAACAGGAAACUCGAGCUGUACCACAGACACAAGCUGGAGACGUUCGUCUUUGAAAGAAUCAACGUGUUCCACAGCCGGAAGGAGGCCAUGUACAUGCCGAGCGUCACCAAGUACAACGAAGACUAUGUCCCUACUUGGGAGGAGAUGACCAUUCCCCAGAAGGUGGCAACGAUCGAGUAUACCAUUGACCAGUGCCACUUCCUCGACAAUGAGUACGGAGUUCUGGCAGAGCAUAAUCAUGUAGACUUUGCCAACAAUGUCUGGCACUGGACGGUGAAGCGUUCCGACAUCAUGAAUAUUAACAAUGGUGGGUUUGAGGUUGAACUGCCAAGGGUUAACGAUGAGGAAGGAGGCGUGAAAAAACACAAGAUUGUGUUCCAGGACAAUAUUGCCAAGAACAACAGGAAAUUUGCUUUUACUGUUGCAGGAUAUUACGCCAAUGUGAGCAUUUUGAGUAACACCUUCAUGAACAACUUGUGUCGGAAGGGUCUGAUGACAAUCUCAGGCAUGGAGAAGGAUAUGCAUCUGUACAGCAACAAGAUUGAGUCCAACACGGGGACCUACAUGAUUGACUUGGACAUCAUAAGCCAUUCUGAAUACUCUAACCAAGUGUCAGGACUCAUGGAGUUGAAUGAAAUAUUAGGCAACAGGUACUAUCAAGGACAGGUGGCUCCAGGCUCAGAAUACAGCCCCAAGACCUUCACUGUUGCCUUCCGGGGCCUUCAGAGCAUGAAGGCCAAAAAGAACCUGUUUGAGAAUCCGGACCUUGGCUUUGAGCUGGUCGCUGCCACAACAGCCCUCUCCCUUGGGAACACUGUCGAUGUGAAGGAGAAUUGGUGGGGUUCAACUAACAUUGAUGUGAUUAGGAAGAGAAUCUUCGAUUUUGAUGACUGGAAUAGCUAUGCCAUUGCGACCUACCAUCCCUACUUGACCAAAUCAGAUGUUAAUUCUGACGUAGCCACUGGCCCACCUGUGGAUCUUCCUCUUGAUUUGCGCCGUCUUGGUGGUCGAGUGACCAAAUCGCUGAGUUUGCCCUACCAGACUACACCGUACACUGUUGUUGCUGACUUGACUGUCAUGCCACAGGCAACACUGACUAUUGCACCUGGAACCGUGCUGCAGUUCAGACCGAAUGUAGGUAUUCUCGUUCUCGGCAAACUUCAGGCUCGGGGACUUCCUUACAACAGAAUAAAACUCCAGCCUCUGAAGGACACAACCUCACCGAGAGUGAAGAGAGAAGCUGAAACGUCGGAACACAGACAAAAGCGUCAAGUUUUGGGAGACGUGCACCUGAAAGGAGAUGGAACUUUGUUCAACGAUGAGGGAUUUCUGGAAAUGUACAACACUUCCACCCAGUCCUGGAAUAUCAUGUGCGACAACCAGUUCAAUGAGAAAACAGCAGAGGUCGUCUGUAGAGCUCUUGGCAAGGAAACCAUCAAUGUCCGGGUCCGAUUCACUCACUUGUAUGAUCACUACAUCUAUGGCAAACCAAGCUAUUUCCGAAAGGAGUUCUGGACAUUUAGUUACUACUGUCGAGGCGAUGAGACCUCGUUGGAGCAGUGUGAGAAACGAUACAACUAUAACCUCCUGCCAUGUAUCUAUGCUGCCAACUACACCUUCAUCACAUGCGGGCCUAGGAACCUGGAGAGCGAUGUGGACUACUGGGGGAACAUUAGGUUCGCUACAGACAGCUACCAGGAGAAGUUUACUCUGGACCAGAACUUUUACCAGGACUCCUAUGUGGAGUAUAUGGACAUAGAAGGAGCUGGAAUCCUACAUGGGGAAAAGGUUGGGGCCAUACAGACUACGUACGUCACUCCAGUGUUCAAAAACAUCAACAUAACCAAAUGUGCUUCUAAUGGCUAUGACAUCAUUGCGCCCAGAGAUAUGAUGGAGAUUAGGAAUCAGAACAUAUCCGGGAAUCUCGGGUUUGGUGUGAAUGUCCUAGUCCUAAACGGGGAGUCGAGUGCACGAGAGUCCUCCUUCACUCCGCUCGGCAUCAGCACCAUCCCCUACCAUGUGUAUGGACUGGUGGACAUCUGUCGGAUGGAGAAGGAGAUCACGCUGGACAACAGGAUGAUCCUGUACUACAAGUAUUCUCACAAAGCUGUUGACUGUGUCAAGAUUAUCCGCAGCUCCAACCCAAGGAAGACUGUCGGACUCCGCUUUCUGCAGCUCAAUCUCUUCCAUGAGGACUUCUCGUGGAAUUCCGUUGAGUUGUUUGACGGUCUAGUAGUGUCCCAGGCUACCCUGCUGAAACAGAUUCUGGCCAACACAAGUGGGUCGGAGGUGCUAAGGCAGUACACCAGUACAGGCGAUACUCUCGCCAUUCACAUGCAUGCCUCGGUCUCCUUCCAAUAUUAUGGGUUUAUUGCUGAAAUCGUGACUGUGCCACCUACGGGACUGACUUAUCCUGAUAGCAACUACCGCCAUGUGCUGCAGCAGACGGUCAUAAGGAGUAACCAAGAUGGCGCCAUUCAGUACAAAAAUGUAGGGGAGAUAAAUCCGUCACUCUUCAUUGAUCACUGUUGGCUUGAAGGUAAUGGUGUAUCCAUUUUGAACCUGACAUCUCCACCAACAAUUGACAUCUCGUUGCAAGGAACAGUUUUAUUCGACUUCAGCCACAACUACAUCAGUCAAAACAAGGGAGGAAUGUAUUUCUCUGCCAGGACGAAAACCAUCGCAACUGCAUUACGUGGAAACAUUACUAAUAACGUAUUUGCAUAUGGCUCCCACGGAGAGGCUCUCAACAUCUCAGGGCAUUAUUACCAGCGUGUUUUCCUGUUCCAAAACUACUUCUACAACUACACAACAGGGGACUACCGUGACGUCAUCCACAUCAAGGACGUCGUCGUGAACUUCACAUACAAUGUCAUUACGAAUAAUGUCGGUCAUUACAUCCUGGCAGCCUAUAAUAGUCCCGAUCCGCAGGCACGGCAGGAGUACACGCGGUGUGGCUUCAAUGACAACAAUGCGACGGCCCUUUAUGAGAGUACUGUCAAGGUCGGCAAAGGUCGCCCGGUCUUCCACCAUAACUAUCUUGUCAAUGAACUCAACGACUUCGAGUUUCAGUCAAGCUCAAAAGAAGAUCCUUCAGAGCUGCCUGUGAAUGCGACCCAGAACUGGUGGGGGUCGGACAGAAUUGGGUACAUCAACGGGAAAAUCUGGGAUGAAUCCGACAACCCGCUGCUGUCUCCGGUAGCCUUCGUGCCACCUAAGCUGGACAACAGAUCGGUCGUCGAUGGGAAGUGUAGGCCGGGAUGGAAACUAGACACAGGACGCUGCUACAGGUACAUGGGCGGCGCGCUGCCCUUCUAUGAGGCUAACGAGUUCUGUAAGGCUAAUGGUGGUUUCCUAGCAGACCUGCGGGGUCGUGAGUAUUUCCUGGAGUACUUAGUGCGGCUGAUGCGUGCCGUGGACAAGCCAAAAAUGCGCGUGUGGGUGAUGGGGGACUUGAAGUCUGGGUACUGUGCAGCCCUGGAGGGGAACUACAUGGUCAUAGAGGAUGACUGCACAAGACUCCUGUACCCCUUCGUCUGUGAGAAAGAUCCAUACAUUACCCAGCCUCCAGAGGUAACAGACUAUGUGAAAGCAAUAGCGAUUGGUAUUGGUGUUGGUAUUGGAGGGCUGAUUGUCCUUGUCAUCCUCAUCAUCGCCAUUCUGUGGUUCAUCAAGUCUCGAAGACGAGGCAAGGAAAGGUUUGAGCGAGCAAUGUCCAUCAGGUCGUCAAUCCGUGGAAGCAUCAGAAGCAAGUCUCAGCUGACUGUCUUGUCCACUGGAACAUCCAGACAACGGAUGAACGACUUCAGGGAUGAAGUGUCUCAACAUUCUUAUGCCUCAAGAACCUCCCGAGGUACAAGUCUUGGAAACAGUGUGGAGAGUAUUCAAUCUGCUCCUCGACCCGCUGUUGGCCGGACAAUGGCUUCCCUCAGGAAACAGCCUCUUCAUAACAAGGGUUAUUACCAUGAUGAGAGCGUGCUGGAAGAUGAUGAUGAUGAUGGUUUUGAUGAUACUUUUGAUGAUGAUGAUGAUGAUUUGGAUGAGAAGGAUGUGAAAGUGAGUCAGGAGAACAUUGAAGGCCCUGUGUACAACUCGGGACAUGUCACUCACCAGGGACAGGCUCCCAGGGUUAGGAAUGGGAAUCUACGUCAUGUCGGGUCACAAGAAAUUGCAUACAAUUAUGACCAUGGUGAUGACGAUGAAGAUGAUGAUGAUGAUGAUGAUGAUGAUGAUGAAAAGAGUUACCACAAACAGUCCUUGUCCAGCUUCAGUGCUCCCGAAAGUCCAUCGACUCCCGUCAAGAGUAAAAUCUUCCUGCCAAGAAGCACUCACAGCCUAGCUUCCCAGAGAUCUGAUCUCCGUUCACAGCCUCUACCCACUCCCCCACCAACCCCACCUGUCUCAGGUCGCUAUAGCAACGUCCCAGGUUACAAUUCUCCUCAACAUAGACCUUCACCCAACAUGUAUGACGACGUUCCGUCAGAGACAAGCAGCAAUCCAAGAUAUGGAAAUGUCCCGGGCUAUACCCAGAGUCCACAGAGAAUGGCUGCAAGGUCCACUCCAGAUCUGUACGAUGACGUCCCAUCCGAAACCAGCAGUGACCACAGAUACAGUAAUGUGCCAGGAUAUAGUCCCAGUAAACAUCAACCACAAACAGCAGCCAGAUCCACACCCAAUCUGUACGACGAUGUCCCAUCGGAGUCUGGCAGUGACCGUAGGUAUGGAAAUGUACCAGGAUAUCAAGGUCCACAGAUCCAACGGCCACAAGCCGUACCACGUACACGCACACCAGAUAUAUAUGACUACCCGCCAGGCAGUGAUACGUCACGAUUCAGAGAAUCACCAAAACCUUCGGCGCGAGUGCUUACAGGUUCUCAGGAUAGCCGUCGAGAGUCACCAGUCCCAGCAGCUCGUAUAAAACCUGUCCCAUCUCGUCGACCUGAUCGACCCUCACCAUUGACAGUGGCACCGUCGAUGAUCGCAGCAUCGCCAACGGUGCUGCCGCCACCUCAACAGAGAUUCUCUCAACCGCCCACCUACCGUACUGUGCCUCGGGACAAUGUCUUGUACCUCCAGCAGAAACUCAAUGCUCCCAAUGAAGAGAGUGUGGAGACCGAGAUCUAGAACAUGGAGACAAAGAGGGAAAAGCCAGAAAUAAUCAAUACCACUUACGUCACUUUGCACAGCCUGGUAUAGGUGGUAGAAAGACAGAUCAAUAGAACAUUGGACCUAGGUCUUGACCACACAGCAAUACUUGCCACUUCAGGAAUAGUAACACCCGAAGACCUUAACAAAGAGCUAUGACAGAUUUAGGUCUGUGAUCACUUUGUGGAACAGAUCCCUGAAACUAGAACUCUCAUAUAGAGCAUUGUUUUAAGAAAAACUGGCCCCAGAACUUUGUCUUACAUUGACCCGGAUCGAGAAGAGACAGGAACUGUUCAAUGAAUCAGAACAAUCUGAUGGUAUUUUGUAAAAAAUUGAAAGGUUUGGCAAGUUAUUUUUUGUCAGGUACAAUUUCUAAGAAAGAGGAUGUUGGGACCUAAGUUUUGAGGUGAAUAUUCAGGAUAAUGGUUAUGUGGGUUUGUUUGUUUUCAAAGAGCCCGCACAGAGGGAGCAUAUGAAAAGCUAUCCAACAUGUGAAGAAGUGCUGUAUCAGUUGUAAUUAUUUGCUGAGAUUGGGAGGAGAGGUUGUUUUAUUUUUUAUCCAAUAUUUAAGCAAAAGUUGACAUAUUUAUAUGGGAAAUGUUUUAUUUACUAUGCUCAAGUCUAUAUUUAUGUAUGGCCAUUUCACAGUGAACUGCAUGUAACGUGCUGAGCAAAGCUCGGUGCGCUGUUUGGUGCUGUCAAACAUGAGCUGAACCUUCAUACAUACAAGAAGAAAAGGAAAAGAUGUAUUCUACCUAUCGACCAAGGUUCCCUGAUAAUCCUUACUUUUAAGAUAUAUUGUAAUCAGCUUUUAUAGAACAUAUGGCACAUUCACUAUCCUUUUAUAUCUGUUUAACCAGUAUUGUACUUCUUCCCCUUUAAUAAUCUCCCAGUUUUCAGGGGCCCAUUCCACAAAUUUGUCUUAGCGCUAAGAUGAUCAUAAACCCCCAUACUUUAACAUGGGCUUACAACACUCUCAGCGCUAAGAUGGUUUUGUGGAGCAUGGCCCUGGAUGGAAUAUAAUGGAUUUGAAUGUGAAUUCCAAUGUGAAAUCACUUCUACCUCAGAUGUGUAUGUGAUUAGGUAAAGUCUAUCUUCUUCUUGGACAAAGUGUGCCUUAACAGAAUGCAGUGUGUAGGGCAUCAUAGGACAUGUGUAGAACAUUGUAGAAUAUUGUAGAACAUUGCCAGUGCCAGGUGAAGGCUACAAGUGCUUUGUCUCAAGGAAUUGUUUUAAUAUCAUUUUCCAUGAUUUUGUCAUUUCAGAUUUUUAAACUUAUCACUUAACCUUUCCUCACUAAACCCUACUUCAUGUCUUGUUCAAUUCAUUUUUAGCUAUCCAUACAAAUAAUAUAUUGUUUUAUAUAUUUAUAUGAUUCUUAUCCAUCAAAUCAAAAAGUGCUCAGGUCAUUCAAAUAAAUAUUUUCUGUGAAAAUAGGGAAUUGCAAAAAUUACAUUAAUAAAAUGCCUGAUGUUGAGAGGAAACUGAUGAAGUUCUCUUUUGGUAUUAUAAUUUGUCUGUUUUGUUUUGUAAAUAAAUAUGGUGAAAGCCACAUGGGGAGACUUUAUUUGGAUGGACAAGCAUUUAGGUCACAAAAAUUAAUGACAAAAAAUAAGGGGAAGUUUAUUUGAUUUCAGUGCAAUAAUGGAUGAAAAUCACCAGUUCCCCAUAUAACUAAACACUGCUUGGAUAGGUUGCAAAAUCAUAAUUAUAUUCCGUCUCAGUGUAGACAUGACCUGAUUUCUACAGUAUUAUCGUUAACGUGUAAUAUAUAUGGCGCAUAAUUAGUCUGCAGCUGAAAGGGGUGGAAAGUAGUUUGUACUAGCAUUGUCUCCUGGAAAACAUGUGAAUGGUCACUUUGGGUGGGUUGAAACAAAAACAAGAAUAGUUGUUCAUGUCAAUAUAUUUUAUUCUAAUUUGGAGUUACAUUGUGUGGGAUGGUAUUUUUACUCGUUGAAAAAUUAACAAUAAGUACAGUGAAAAAUGUAUUUUGUGUGCCCUGAUAGUGUAUAAUGAGAGAAAUCUGUGACCAUACCACAGCUUAUGCAACUUUACAUGUGUUCAACAUGGAUGUGACAAUUCUUGAACCUAGUUUAUUAUUUGACAGCAACAGUUACUCUUUUAGGCCUGAACAUGUUUACUAUUUGAGCAGUGUAGACACUGAGGACACAUAAUCGUCAGCGUGAACACUCCUCACUCAAAGAACUUACAUGGUUUUUCAAUAAUAAACUUCCCAGUGAUGAAAUUUACUGAAUGCCAUUUUGCCAAAAUUAAAGAUUUAUUUGACCAAUAAAUCCACUUUCAUUUCGAGUAGUGGAAAUUAAAAUUUUUCUGAAUACAAUUUUGUUUGGCAGAUUUAAACUUGAGAAGACAUCUUGUAAUUCUGAAAUACUAGAUUAGUAAUUUGACAUCUUUACAUGAAAUUUGGUUGUGUUUGCAGAAUUUCUGGAAUAAUAUUUUGUUUAAAUAAUGGGCUCAAAUGCUAAUAUCCUUUUCAUCAUUUAUGUUACAGUUUAGAAUUAGAUUGGAACAUUGAUUACUGCCAUGUGUGUUAAGCAUAGACAAACUGUCCGCAGGUAAAGAGUGUGUGUAUGUACAUGUCCUAUUGUCAACUAGCCUCCAAGGCAGCAGCAGCAGCAGCAGCAGCAGCAUUUUAGCAUUUUAAUUUUGUACAGAUACCUGAUUCUUUCUUUUGUACGUUUUCUAUGUGAUUUUGUAAAUACCAUAAUUUGUAUGUGUAGAUACUAGAAUUCCUGGCUUCCUCAAUGGUUUAGAGUUCACUUUGAAAUUGCCUUGAUUUUACUGUUUGAAAAUAUCAAAGGCAUCAACCGUCAAAAUUCUGUGUCGAUAAAUUGUUUGAAUGUCUUAAAAACUAAUUGGUCCUUUGUACAUAUGUUUGUGAAAUUGUCCUAUGUUCGGCAGGAGGGAGUCGAAAUGUAUGAUUUAUACUUUUCCAAUUACAUUGUUUCAUUGACACCAAUUGUUGAAUGACUUGGAAACAACAAUAUGGCAAUAACAUAUCACACAUCAUUCUGAGCACAAAGGGUCUUCUGCUUGGUCCUGAUACUUUGUCCUAAGUGGCAGCCAAAACGGGGGGACAGGUGACUCCUUCAGAGCUGAGUUAGGAAAGCUGAAAUUGAAGAUAAGGAGAGACAACUCUCAGCUUGUUUUUUUUUUACAUACUUCAGAAGUGAGGGUUAUAUUUCCAUCUCACACUGGCUGCUCUUCCACAGUUCCUAACUACUUCUGCUUUACUUUAGGUAGAUGUCAUUUUGGACAGCAUUAGUCCCAGUAUUAUGUAAUUUCUGUCUAUCAGUCAACACUGGACAUUGCAAUUCAGUGUAAUGCACAAAAUAACUCAACUGCAAAAUAUUGUUUAUUUUCCAUCUUUUUUUGCUUACUUAGUUUUCCAUUUUUUUCCUUCUUUCUUUGUUUAUAGGCAAGAAUAGUUGUAAAUAUAGACACAAGUCCAUUCCUGUUUCUAUGUGAUUCUGAUUUAGAGUGUGAUGUUAUUCUUUCUCAUCUGUAUAAAUUUUUCAAGCUCAAUCAUUCACAACAGAAUCAACCAUCAUCGGGCGCUUUCUCCAUCUUGUUAUGGUAUGAUUUAGUCCACUGUGAUCACACUGAUCUCAUUGUCAAUUCCAUUGUAUAUAUGUCAUUGUCUUGCUUGUGUCAUCACUUUAUGAAACGAGAUCAUUUAUACAUCUAUUUGAUAAUAAACAUUGAAAAUAA